AUAAGGCUCGGGGUGGCUUGGAGCCCUCAUUCGUGUCCAAGACAACCAACCAACCGACCAAAAUGGUGCUGCUAUCAGUAUUAUUGGCCUUCGCUGCGCUGCAGCUGUGCCACUCCAGAAGACUGACCGACGACAUGGACAACGAGAUCCCGGUGGUCUCCGGCAACCCCGCCGCCUUCCGCCAGCAGGACGAGUGGAUCAAGAUCAGCGCCGCCCCCAAGGCGGCCAUCCGCAAGCUGACGGGGUCGUACGUCGAGCUGGAGUGCGAAGCCAUGGGCUCGCCGCCCCCGACUCUUCAAUGGUUCCGCGGGAACCAUGCGCUCACCGAGCACCAGAGCUAUGACACCAACACCAUCUCCGAGGUGCCGUCGCAAGGGUUGGGGAAAAUCCGCGGUCGCCUCGUCAUCAACUACCUCCUCCCGGUGCACGCCGUCACCUUCACCUGCGUGGCCCAAAGCGGGUCCAAAGUGGCCACGGCGGACACCACCAUCUACGUCAUCAAAAAGGAAGGUUUUGACCGCAAUUUCACCCAAUUGUUGACCACCAAGGUCAUUGGGGUUCACCACGUCCCGAGAAUUUCCCUCUGGGCCCCUACUUACAUGGACGUGAUCGGUACCAACGUGGUUCUCCCUUGUCGCACCUUGGGCAACCCUAAACCCAGCCAAAUGUGGAUUGACCCUCAAGACCAGGUUGUAAGCGAGGGCGACGGUAGGGUUUCGGCCCUUCCCGAUGGGUCUCUCAGUAUUAGGUCGGUCAGUUGGGCCGAUAUGGGUGUCUACACUUGCAUGGCGCGCAACAUGGUGGGACAAGACUCCGUUGAGACCUUCCUCUACCCCAUGAAGGAAUCGAAAUAACGAGAGGUGGUAGGGGGCCACUUCAUGUCAAUCUAGUCAUUGUUCAGUUCGAGAAUACUCGUAGGGUAGUUUGUCGUACGUUAUUUAUGGAAAUUCCAGUUAGUAUUUAUGACUUAGGUAUUUAUAUACGUAAUAAUUCAAGACAUGUGUACUUAUUUAUAUUAAUGUAAGAUUUGUAAGUAAAUAAAGAAAAUGUUAAGCAUUA